AUGUGCUCCGUGGUUUACCUCGGCGCAUUUCAGGCCUUCUCCUUCUCUAGCGUGCUCUCUUCUUUCCCCACGCCACGAUACCAACUCCAAAUGGCAACGCAAAAAGCUAUCGUCGUCCAGGAAACCCGCCGCGCAGUCCUGGUUGACGACGCACCGGUGCCUAAGCUUCCAGAUGGCUAUAUUCUUGUCAAAACAAAAGCUGUUGCGUUGAAUCCCACAGACUGGCGUCACAUCGACUUUGUCUCUUGCAAUACUGCCACUGUUGGCUGCGAUUACGCUGGGAUAGUUCAAGCUGUUGGCCCGAAUGUCAAAAAGAGCUUCAACAAAGGCGACCGUGUCGCAGGUUUCGUGCAUGGCAGCAAUGCGGUUCGCCCCCAGGGUGGCGCAUUUGCUGAGUACUUGAUCGCAAAAGGAGACCUUCAAAUCCUUAUCCCCGACUCUAUGAGCUUUGAGGCUGCAGCUACCCUGGGCGUUGGCCUUACCACUGUUGGUCAAAACCUCUAUCAGAGCAUGGAGCUACCACUUCCGGGCGAGGCAGAAAGCGAAGAAAACGAAAUGAGCAUCUUGAUCUACGGGGGCGCAACGGCUACUGGCACUCUCGCGAUUCAGUGUGCAAAACUUUCAGGGAUGCGAGUCGUGACAACAUGCUCUGAAAGUAAUCGCAAUUUGAUGUUUGAGCUCGGAGCAGACGCUGUCUUUGACUACCACGAUGCAAGUGUCGGCGAGCAGAUCAGGGAGGAUACUGAUGAUACGCUGGAAUUCGUUCUAGACACCAUAUCAACCCCCCAAUCAGCUUCGAUCUGCAGUGCCGCUAUUUCAUCUGCCGGCGGAGCUUACAAUGCCUUAUUGGAUGUCCGAUCUCCUAGAGACGAUGUUGAUUCACAUGUCUCAAUGGCGUACGACGUGUUGGGGGAGCCUUACCGUAUGGGUGCGCAAGAAAUCUCACCCGAUGAUAGCAAUCCUGAGUUUGGCAUUAAGUGGUGGGGCUUGGUGCAAAAACUGCUUGAAGAAAGGCGGAUUCUUCCGCAUCCCCACCAAGUGAAGCCAGGUGGCUUGACUGGAGUCUUGAGUGGACUCCAGCUGCUACGAGAAGGUAAAGUACGAGCCAGUAAGCUGGUGUAUCAAAUCGAUGAGGUCUGA